GUAUUGCGCAAUGCUACAGUACUGUCCCCAAAAGCGCAUCUUGAUUGCUGCACGGAGCGGAUGAGUUCCUGCUUUUGCGGAAGCGAAAAGGCCAGCGCUAGAGAGCAAAUUAUCUUGCAAGGGUGGAGGAAAAGACACCAUAAAAUUAAUUGAAAAAAAAAGAAAAAUACACCCAUCUACCGAAAGCCCGUCGAGGAGAUGGGGGAUAAGGCCGGCACCAGGUAAGGAUUAACUCCCCCGCAAUCUCGUAUUUGCUGCUGCCUUGUGUGGAGGCGAGGGCAUAGCGAGCUAGUUACGCUAACAUUUUAGCUAGCUAGCAUCACUUUAGCGAGACGAGACUACUCUCAGCCUUUUCCCCAUGCAUCAACAUCAAAUUGGUCUUAACCAAAGCAAGAGGAACUAUCUAGUUAAAUAAACAUUGGAUACUAGCUAGAUUAAGACAAAACUACUAUACUCGUAAAAUUUCGUUGGCCGUGUUUUUAUUACGCUAUACAGAAUAGGUACAGGCAGACCCGUAUGUUCCCUAGCUAGUUAGCUAACUUUAGCAGCGGUAACUAGCUAGAAUUGUUCGCGCGGGAGACUUCGCUUUCCUCUUGUAUACACCUUAAUGGCGAUACCAUCUUUGUAGUUUUAGCAAACAUGUUCUAACAGCUAGCUGCAGGGUGGGGUUAGCUGUGAUGGCCACCGAGGUGUGUGGGUAAGGUACUCUCACACCACCAACAACAAGCUAGCUCAAUAUGAACGGAUGAGCUGACUGCAUGAUCGACAGCUAUGCUGUUUUGAGUUAACGAGUGGCUACUUAGUUAUCGUGCCUUUUGACACAAGUCAUGCAUGUUGGUUGAUGAUUAUUUGGCCCUCAGUGACGUAUAUUUGACGUACGUUUUACGCAUAAUCGCCCAAAUUGUUAUUUUAUAAAUAUCCUGCAUGGAAAUGUAAACAAAAAAGCACACACGUCUGUCCAGCUAUUGAUAUCAUGUGCCAUACACGUGACUGGGUACUGUAUAUAGCAUGAUGUUGUAAAGCCACUGCUGUGUGCUGUCCAUAUCAGGCCAAAGCAAUUUACCAUGCAGCUAUUCAUACACUUGCCUGCCUGACACCUUUGAUCACUUCAAAGUAUUUUGCUCAUGGUAAUCAGCUGCUUGCAUCUGCAUCAGUAUGCACAUUCUGACUCUGAGCAGCUGUACUUCCCUACUAGGUUAUUCUGGAUCAGUGUCCUCUGCAAGUGACUGUAAAUCAUGUGUAAUAGACUUGGUGGUUGUGCAGCAUAGUUCACUACUGACAAUUGUUAAUUGAUUUGAUGUUGAAAUUCCUUGGUUAGUCCCUUUAUUCACGAUAGUUAGAAAUAAAUGGUCAGAUUGGUGUUUUGGGGUUUAAGGUCAAGGUCCUGUGGUUGAGUAAAAGUCCAGGUUAAUAUAUGAUUUUGUCUUGUGGUCUCUGAAGCGUCAGCAGGACUGAUGACGACCCCCUGGCAGACUGUAGUGGGCAAGUGGCGUGUUUGAGGGGUCGGGUUUGGCUGAUAUCUGGUGGGGAAGUAUGAAAUGUAGCACUGGCUCGUAAAUUAAGAGACGGUAGAGCUCUAGGCGAAGGAGAUCCAAACUGAACGUCUGCAGAGAAGAUACAUUCACCCUGGACCUGUGCUAAGGGGACAUGCACCAUGUAGUCUCGAAACCCAGACCCUAGCUUGCUAGCUACUAUUUGUGUCUGGGGGAUGUGGGCAACGAGCAGAUAAGGCAGUGAAAUACACUGAACAAAACUGUAAACACAACAUGUAAAGUGUUUGUCUGAUGUUUCAUGAGCAGAAAUAAAAGAUCCCUGACAUUUUUCAUACGCACAAAAGGCUUAUUUCUCUCAUUGUGUGGCCAAAUCCCUGUUAGUGAGCAUUUCUCCUUUGCCAAGAUAAUCCGUCCACCUGACAGGUGUGGCAUAUCAAGGAGCUGAUUAAACAGCAUGAUCAUUACACAGGUGCACCUUGUGCUGGGGACAAUAAAAGGCCACUCUAAAAUUUGCAGUUUAGUCAAACAACACUGCCAACACAAAGAAGAGGCAACUCUAAUUAACUUAUAUGGCAUUUAUUUGAAUUUUUACAUUGCAAAAAGUGACAAUUAUUUUUCAUUUCACGAGAUUUCAUUGUGAAAUCCAUCGAUUUAGGGCUUAAUGAAUUGAUUUCAAUUGACUGAUUUCCUCAUAUGAACUGUAACUCAGUAAAAUCAUAGACAUUUUAGCAUGUUGCGUUUUUGUUCGGUUUAGUUCCACUAUGUCAAACUGACAUUGUAUCGUACAGAUUUAUAAGCCAGAACAUCAAGCACAUUGUGGCAGGCAACCCGGCUGUCUAGAGAGACUAUGCACCAUGCCCUGUGUCCACUACACAGACUCACUCAGGUUAAGUAAUAUACAGUGGGGGAAAAAAGUAUUUAGUCAGCCACCAAUUGUGCAAGUUCUCCCACUUAAAAAGAUGAGAGAGGCCUGUAAUUUUCAUCAUAGGUACACGUCAACUAUGACAGACAAAUUGAGAGAAAAAAGAUCCAGAAAAUCACAUUGUAGGAUUUUUAAUGAAUUUAUUUGCAAAUUAUGGUGGAAAAUAUGUAUUUGGUCACCUACAAACAAGCAAGAUUUCUGGCUCUCACAGACCUGUAACGUCUUCUUUAAGAGGCUCCUCUGUCCUCCACUCGUUACCUGUAUUAAUGGCACCUGUUUGAACUUGUUAUCAGUAUAAAAGACACAUGUCCACAACCUCAAACAGUCACACUCCAAACUCCACUAUGGCCAAGACCAAAGAGCUGUCAAAGGACACCAGAAACAAAAUUGUAGACCUGCACCAGGCUGGGAAGACUGAAUCUGCAAUAGGUAAGCAGCUUGGUUUGAAGAAAUCAACUGUGGGAGCAAUUAUUAGGAAAUGGAAGACAUACAAGACCACUGAUAAUCUCCCUCGAUCUGGGGCUCCACGCAAGAUCUCACCCCGUGGGGUCAAAAUGAUCACAAGAACGGUGAGCAAAAAUCCCAGAACCACACGGGGGGACCUAGUGAAUGACCUGCAGAGAGCUGGGACCAAAGUAACAAAGCCUACCAUCAGUAACACACUACGCCGCCAGGGACUCAAAUCCUGCAGUGCCAGACGUGUCCCCCUGCUUAAGCCAGUACAUGUCCAGGCCCGUCUGAAGUUUGCUAGAGUGCAUUUGGAUGAUCCAGAAGAGGAUUGGGAGAAUGUCAUAUGGUCAGAUGAAACCAAAAUAUAACUUUUUGGUAAAAACUCAACUCGUCGUGUUUGGAGGACAAAGAAUGCUGAGUUGCAUCCAAAGAACACCAUACCUACUGUGAAGCAUGGGGGUGGAAACAUCAUGCUUUGGGGCUGUUUUUCUGCAAAGGGACCAGGACGACUGAUCCGUGUAAAGGAAAGAAUGAAUGGGGCCAUGUAUCGUGAGAUUUUGAGUGAAAACCUCCUUCCAUCAGCAAGGGCAUUGAAGAUGAAACGUGGCUGGGUCUUUCAGCAUGACAAUGAUCCCAAACACACCGCCCGGGCAACGAAGGAGUGGCUUCGUAAGAAGCAUUUCAAGGUCCUGGAGUGGCCUAGCCAGUCUCCAGAUCUCAACCCCAUAGAAAAUCUUUGGAGGGAGUUGAAAGUCCGUGUUGCCCAGCGACAGCCCCAAAACAUCACUGCUCUAGAGGAGAUCUGCAUGGAGGAAUGGGCCAAAAUACCAGCAACAGUGUGUGAAAACCUUGUGAAGACUUACAGAAAGCGUUUGACCUGUGUCAUUGCCAACAAAGGGUAUAUAACAAAGUAUUGAGAAACUUUUGUAGGUGACCAAAUACUUAUUUUCCACCAUAAUUUGCAAAUAAAUUCAUUAAAAAUCCUACAAUGUGAUUUUCUGGAUUUUUUUUUCUCAAUUUGUCUGUCAGUUGACGUGUACCUAUGAUGAAAAUUACAGGCCUCUCUCAUCUUUUUAAGUGGGAGAACUUGCACAAUUGGUGGCUGACUAAAUACUUUUUUCCCCCACUGUACAAGUCAAACUUAGUACCCCAUGCUGCUAGUGUGCUUAUGUUCUCCAUCACUGGUGGGAAAGAAUAGAGCAUUCACCUUCCUCCUGUAGUCCUGCUCAGAAAUGGACUAGUCAGUGGUCCACCUUCAUUCCCCUAUUGUCAAUGAGUUGUUGACUUGUCCUUAUCAGACAGUGGCAGCAACUGGGAGGAAGUUCAAUGCAAAGAUAUUCUAUCUAGAUAUUCCCAUUUAUGACAGCAGACAAUAGUUGUUCAAUGCUCGCCAGUUAAUAUCCUCUUUCCUCUUACACACACACUAUGUGUGUGACACCUCGCCACAUUCCCAAGGUUGAGAACAUGGUGUCUGGGCCUCCCAAGUGGUGCAGCGGUCUAUGGCGUGAGGCGUCACUACAGCCCCGGGUUCGAUCCCAUGCUGUGUCGGAGCCUGCUGCUACUGGGAGACCCAUGAGGCGGUGCACAAUUGGCCCAGCGUCGUCCGGGUUAGGGGAGGGUUUGGCUGGCCAGGAUGUCCUUGUCCCAUCGUGCUCUAGCGACUCCUUGUGGCGGACCGGGCGCAUGCACGCAGACUUCGGUCGCCAGUUGUACGGUGUUUCCUCCGACACAUUGGUGCGGCUGGCUUCCGGGUUAAGCGAGCAGUAUGUCAAGAAGCAGUGCGGUUUGGCAGGGUCGUGUUUCGGAGGACGCGUGGCUCUCGACCUUCACCUCUCCCGAGUCCGCAAUGGGACAAGGCUGUAACUACCAAUUGGAUAUAUCGAAAAAGGGGUAAAAAAAUAAUUAUAUAUAUAAGAACAUGGUGUCUAACUUUCCUCUUACGCUUGGGCUAAAUUCCUGUAUGUGUGUUUGGGUACCUAGGUUAGGUAUGCAUAGGGAAUGUGUAGGCCUACUCUGUGAGGAUGGCAGUGUUCCUUGUGAAUCUAGAUCGGAAACUAUUCUUGAUCUGCAUGACAAGGAUGUUUCUGUCAUAACAAAUAAAAAAUGGUGCAUGCAUGCUGCAAUAGGCUAUGUGUAAAGAGUACACACAGUAUGUAUCAAUACUUCUCUGUAAAUAUUCCUUGUGAGAUCAGGAAGGAGUGUUUUUUUUUCCUGUUGUUUGUGGCAAAGUCAGCAGCAGGAAAUGGCCUCUAUUUGCUGGGAGAUAGUUUCCUGUCCAGAUGCAGGACAUUGGGUCUAACCCCACACCUCUGGGACAUGAUAGAGGGCAAACUGGACGAACACCAGGGCCCAGUUUUUCAAAAGAUAUCUGGUGGGAUUUCGGCAAUUGGAUAUUAAAUGUUAGAAUUGAGGUUUUUGAAACUGUAAAAUUAGUAUUUGGUAAUCCAAUCUCACCUUUAAUCAGGAUUGUAUGUCAUUUUUGCGUUUUUCAAAACUCAAAGGUAGUGAUUAGGAUAGUUUUGAUGCAGAAAAUCUGGAUUAUCUCGAUCCCACUGGAAGGUUGGAUUUAGAAAGGUGAAAUGCAUUACAAUACAUUUAAAUGUAAAAAACGGUUCAUUAUGUUAAAUUGGCCGCAGUAUAGGUUUGUGGUCAGUUGUUAUAUUGAGAAGUGUCAAAUAAAUGCAUUUACUUACUUUUAUGCAGGCUCUAUUAUUUUAAUCAAGGUACCUUUAUUCAUGUAGUUUACUCAUCUGUUUCCUUAUGACAGUGUAGAAGUAGUACCACAACCUGUCCAGUAGAUGGCAAGGUGUAGGACCGUUCAAAGCAUUGAAAAUCAAAUCCGGAUUCUGUGAUCUUGAUGUUAUGGUAUCUGGAUCAGAAUGAUUCUAUCCAAUUAUUUUCUGAACAACCUUCUCAUAAACAGCCAGAUCGAUCUGAUCCUGAAUAGCAAAAAAGAGGAUUACAGAGUCCGGAUCAUUCUGAUCCAGAUAAAGAGUUUGGAAGAACUGGGCCCAGAGGUGUGAAAAUCACACCCCAUACUUUAUAGGGGCCUCAAACUCAACUCUGGACCUCGAAGCCAGUUCCACUGCUUGUUUUCAUUGUUCCCUUCUAAUCAGGGACUGAUUUAGACCUGGGACACCAGGUGGGUGCAAUUAAUUAUCAGGUAGAACCAGCAGGCUCUGGACCUCGUAGGGUAAGAGUUGGAUACCCCUGUUAUAAACUAGAUCUUCCUGCUUGAUCAAAUCUCUUUCUCGCUUUCUGUCUUCCUUGUUUUUCUCAGAGUCUUCAAGAAGUCAAGCCCCAACUGCAAGGUAAAGGACAUGAGUAUUGCAUUCUUAGUUGUAUCCUUUGAUGCUUUACUUUGUUAUUCAUUGUGACACAUUUGUCUAAGUACCUCUACUUCCCCCCUACUCCUCCUGUUUGCAGGUCACAGUAUACCUGGGAAAGAGAGACUUUGUGGAUCACCUUGACCAGGUGGACCCAGUCGGUAGGUGCAGGACGGUUAAUUAGUUUACUGGUUAGAGCAGUGGAUCCAAAACUGUGGGGCGCACCCACUAGGGGGUACACGAGGGGUCGGCAAGGGGGGCGCUGGGAAUCAGAUAAUCUCUCCUAAAACUGCCAAAUUUGAGUGUUUUUAUAAACAUAGUGUUUCAAACAAUUUAAUAUUGUCUCCUCAAAACCUAAUCUCUUGACAUUGUCCUUUCUUACAGAUGGUGUGAUCCUAGUGGACCCUGAGUAUCUGAAAGACAGGAAAGGUCUUCCUCAUUCUCUACACUGUUUUGUCUCCUCCAUUUUUUGCAAUUGUAUGUCAAACUCUUCUGAUGUUCAAACCCCUCCUCCUCCCCAGUGUUUGUGACCCUGACGUGUGCGUUCCGCUACGGCCGUGAGGACCUGGACGUGCUGGGCCUGUCCUUCCGGAAGGAUCUCUACAUCUCCACCUUCCAGGCUUUCCCCCCCAUCGCAGAGGAACGCAAAGCCAACAGCCGCCUGCAGGAGAGACUACUGAAGAAACUGGGCCAGCAGGCACACCCCUUCUACUUCACUGUGAGUCAAGAAGACACACACACGCACCAGACCAGGGUUAAAAUACUAUUUAGGGCAGGGAUGGGCAACUUUGAUGGGGUAGAGGUCCACAAAAAAAUGGAACUCCUCAUGAGGGGCCGCAGUGGCUCGUGGGUCAUUUCCUGCAAUUCUACACAUUUUGCCAUGGGGUGGAGGCAAAUGUUUGCAGUUUUUAAUAUGAUAACUGAUGAUCAAUGGGCCCCACGCCUGUCAGUAAUUCGACAAUGCUUACUACAAGUUUAGAUAGUUGGCCGCUAGACUAACUUACUCAUCUAAAAAAAAGAAAUGCUGACAUGGGCUAAUUGAGUGACUGCUGAUGCACAACCACAUUUUGAAAUUGCACCUUGUAUAUUCUAUUAUUCUAACUCUCAACCGUAUGUUGAGACCCUGACUGAGUUCCAAAUGUUUUUGUUGUUGUUUUUCUAAAGUAUUUAUUUAUUUUUAAUUGGUCCGUGGGCCUACAAAAGGGGCAUGUGGCCCGCGUGCAGCGAGUUGCCCAUCCCUAAUUUAAGGUAUUUAAAUAGUGUUGAAUAUUGGAAUGUAUUUGGAAAUACACUUGGAAAGUAUUUUAAAAUACACUCCCAUGCAUUUAAUCUAGGUAUUUGAAAAUAGUAUUUGAAAUAGGUAUUUGAAAAUACUUUCAAAUAGUAGGCAGUUUAUAGGAAAUUAUUUGAAAAUACUUUCAAAUACUUCCAAUAGAAGUAGUUGACUCGAGCCACAUUAUAUGAGCCUGUAAAAUGAUACUAAUAAUAUGGCAACUGUGUGUGUCUGUCUCAGAUUCCCCAGAACCUGCCGUGCUCAGUCACCUUACAGCCAGGACCAGAGGACACAGGGAAGGUACAGAAUCUUCAGCAUCACUUUAUGUAAACGUACACAUUUAUAAUAUAUGACGGCUAUCUAAACGUAGCAAUUUCCAUACCUGUAGAGUCAACAAUGCACACCCACAUGACACUAAUAAUGCCUAUUCUAUAAUUUUGUCCCUGUAACUCCUCCUCCUCUCCUUUCCUCCAUCUUUCCCUCUUUAGGCAUGUGGGGUUGACUUUGAGAUCAAAGCGUUCUGUGCCAAAUCGAUAGAGGAGAAGAUUCACAAACGGUACGAAAACCAUUUAACUUUGUUGUGUGUGUGUCUUCUGCAGGAGCUGUUUAGGGUCUGCGGUCCUUGAAAGCAUGUGAUAUGCAUGUCUGUUCUCUGUGUUUUUAGUUAGUCAGCAAAGUUGGUUAUCCGUAAAGUAUAACGUGUGUUGUGUAGGAACUCUGUGCGACUGGUGAUCCGUAAGGUGCAGUAUGCCCCAGAGAAGCCUGGGCCUCAGCCCAUGGUGGAGACCACACGGAGCUUCCUCAUGUCGGACCGCUCACUACACCUGGAGGCCUCUCUGGAUAAAGAGCUCUACUACCAUGGAGAACCCAUCAGCGUGAACGUUCAUGUCACCAACAACUCCACCAAGACUGUCAAAAGGCUCAAAAUCUCAGGUACCUGUCACGCAUGACUGUAAGUCGCUUUGGAUAAAAGCGUCUGCUAAAUGGCAUAUUAUUAUUAUUAUUAUUAUUAUUAUUAUUACCUGUCUUUAAUCAAAGUUUUAUCAAUGAUGUUUGUUUAUGACUCUAGGCUCUAUUCACUCUUUUCCCUUCAGUUUGUGUGUGUGGUUAACCCGUUCUAUCCCUCUCUCUCCAGUACGACAGUAUGCUGAUAUCUGUCUGUUCAGUACGGCUCAGUACAAGUGUCCAGUGGCUCAGGUGGAGGCAGAGUGAGUAUUUUACCUGACUAUUAAGCCUAUAUCUCUCUUCAGUUCCUUUAUUUCCCCUAUGCCUUUCCUUUUAUACAUUAUUCCAUGUAUCAUUUUUCAGGCUUCCAAGACAUCUCUCUUAAUAACCUCUAGCUUGUGAUCAGGUUUUUCCCAUACCUUAUUGUCCAGAUCUAUUGAAAUUCCAGUUAUGGCCCAGGUGUGCUGAUAAGUGUGUGUGCACCUUUCCUCAGUGACCAGGUGUCGUCUAGCUCUACAUUCUGUAAGGUGUACACCCUCACACCCACGCUAGACAAGAACCGAGAGAAGAGAGGCCUGGCCUUGGACGGAAAGCUCAAACACGAGGACACCAACCUGGCCUCCAGCACCAUGUAUGUUGACUCGCGCAAACAAACAAACACACACACAGACAAACCUGCCCUCCAGCACUGUGUAUACACUGACAGACACACUCACACAAACGCUGUAGUCUGGCAUCCACAACCAUUUUAGAUAACAAGAACACUCACUAGCCCUCACUGUGUGAGAUCACACACACUCUAACUUGGCCACCAUGUGAGUUUACAUACACAUGCUUGGGGAGAGGUUGAGCUCAUAAAUGCAUUGUGAUUUAUGUUCGAGUGCAGCACCCUAGAAGAUGCAAGAACCCAUCCCUUACUGAGAACCUUUUUCAUCGUCUUCUCUUUCUCUCGUGUGUGUGUUUCAGUGUUAAGGAUGUGACUAACAAGGAGGUCCUUGGAAUCCUGGUGUCCUACAGGGUCAAAGUCAAACUGGUAAUCUCUCGUGGAGGGUGAGUUCCACAGGAGUCAGUGGUCAAUAUUAAUAUACAGUGCAUUCGGAAAGUAUUCAGACCCAUAGAUUUUUUUCCCCCACACAUUUUGUUACGUAACAACCUUAUUCUAAAAUUGAUUACAUUUUUUUCCCUUAUCAAUUUACACACAAUACCCCAUAAUGACAAAGCAAAAACAGGUUUUUAGAAAUGUUUGCAAAUGUGUUAAAAAUUAAAAACUGAAAUAUCACAUUUACAUAAGUAUUCAGACCCUUUACUCAGUACUUUGUUGAAGUGCCUUUGGCAGCAAUUACAGCCUCGAGUCUUCUUGGGUAUAACGCUACAAGCUUAUCACACCUGUUUUGGAGGAGUUUCUCUCAUUCUUCUCUGCAGAUCCUCUCAAGCUCUGUCAGGUUGGAUGGGGAGCGUCGCUGCACAGCUAUUUUCAGGUCUCUCCAGAGAUGUUCAAGUCCAGGCUCUGGUUGGGCUACUCAAGGACAUUCAGAGACUUGUCCCGAAGCCACUCCUGUGUUACCUUGGCUGUGUGCUUAGGGUCGUUGUCCUGUUGGAAGGUGAACCUUCGCCCCAGCUUGAGGUCCUGAACACUUUGGAGCAGAUUUUCAUCAAGGAUCUCUCUGUACUUUGCUCCGUUCAUCUUUCCCUCGAUCCUGACUAGUCUCCCUAUCCCUGCCGCUGAAAAACAUCCCCACAGCAUGAUGCUGCCACCACCAUGCUUCACCAUAGGGAUGGUACCAGGUUUCCUCCAGACAUGACGCUUGGCAUUCAGGCCAAAGAGUUCAAUCUUGGUUUCAUAAGACCAGAGAAUCUUUUUUCUCAUGGUCUGAGAGUCCUUUAGGUGCCUUUUGGCAAACUCCAAGCAGGCUGUCAUGUGCCUUUUACUGAGGAGUGGCUUCCGUCUGGCCACUCUACUAUAAAGGCCUGAUUGGUGGAGUGCUGCAGAGAUGGUUGUCCUUCUGAAAGGUUCUCCCAACUUCACAGAGGAACUCUGGAGCUCUGUCAGAGUGACCAUCGGGUUCUUGGUUACCUCCCUGACCAAGGCCCUUCUCCCCCGAUUGCUCAGUUUGGCCGGGCGGCCAGCUCUAGGAAGAGUCUUGGUGGUUCCAAACUUCUUCCAUUUAAGAAUGAUGGAGGCCACUGUGUUCUUGGGGACCUUCAAUGCUGCAGAAAUUUUUUGGUACCCUUCACCAGAUCUGUGCCUCGACACAAUCCUGUCUCUGAGCUCUACAGAAAAUGUAUUCAGCCUCAUGCCUUGGUUUUUGCUCUGACAUGCACUGUCAACUGUGGGACCUUAUAUAGACAGGUGUGUACCUUUCCAAAUAAUGUCCAAUCAAUUGAAUUUACCACAGGUGGACUCCAAUCAAGUUGUAGAAACAUCAAGGAUGAUCAAUGGGAGCAGGAUGCACCUGAGCUCGAUUUCGAGUCUCAUAGCAAUGGGUCUGAAUACUUAUGUAAAUAAGGUAUUUUUGUUUUUUUAUACAUUUGCAAACAUUUCUAAAAACCUGUUUUCGCUUUGUCAUUAUGGGUUAUUGUGUGUAGAUUGAUAAGGGAAAAACAUUAAUUUAAUCCAUUUUAGAAUAAGGCUGUAACGUAACAAUGUGGAAUAAGUAAAGGGGUCUGAAUACUUUCCGAAUGCAUUGUGUGUGAGGGGGGGGGGGGAGAUUAUGUGCAGGUCCUCACACACACACACACACACAGACAGACAAGCGCGCACACAAAAACACAUUUACACUCCCUCCUGUGUCUCACACACAUACUCCUGAUACUCUGCCACUCCAACUCUGUAAUGACAUCACGUCUGCCAGACCCUCACUAGUCUCUCUGCUCCUCCCACCUCACUCACUGACACGCCAUGCUUUGCUGUCUCCCCUCUCGGUUGCGGUUGCCUUGGUUUUGAGUUCUCGCCUCAUUUCAUCUCUCCCCUCCUGUGUUUGUCCGCCCGUCUGUGCAUCUGUCUCUCCAUCCGUGCGUCUGCUCCUGUGUUGGGUCGUGUCAGGCUGCUGAGUGGCGUGUUAGAGAGGUAAUAUGAUAUCCCAGCCGCCACCUGUGUGUGUGUGGUGAUCUUACGUCCUACUGCCAUCUGCGUGUGUGUGGUGAUCUUACGUCCUACUGCCAUCUGCGUGUGUGUGGUGAUCUUACGUCCUACUGCCAUCUGUGUGUGUGGUGAUCUUACGUCCUACUGCCAUCUGUGUGUGUGUGGUGAUCUUACGUCCUACUGCCAUCUGUGUGUGUGUGGUGAUCUUGCGUCCUACUGCCAUCUGCGUGUGUGUGGUGAUCUUACGUCCUACUGCCAUCUGUGUGUGUGGUGAUCUUACGUCCUACUGCCAUCUGUGUGUGUGUGGUGAUCUUACGUCCUACUGCCAUCUGUGUGUGUGGUGAUCUUGCGUCCUACUGCCAUCUGUGUGUGUGUGGUGAUCUUACGUCCUACUGCCAUCUGUGUGUGGUGAUCUUACGUCCUAUUGCCAUCUGUGUGUGUGUGGUGAUCUUACGUCCUAUUGCCAUCUGUGUGUGUGUGGUGAUCUUACGUCCUACUGCCAUCUGUGUGUGUGUGGUGAUCUUACGUCCUACUGCCAUCUGUGUGUGUGUGUGUGUGUGUGUGGUGAUCUUACGUCCUACUGCCAUCUCUGUGUGUGCACCAUUAGUGCCUCGUGUGUGUGAGGAUUUUACAUACCAGCAUUGUGUGUGUCAAAUCUCACCUGCAGCUGCUAAGAUCCUUUUUAACUGCAGCCGUCCCAGUCUUCUCCCUUUCUGAGUCACAGGGUCCUAACCCUAAGGAUGGUGUGAGGUUUCAUAAGGCAGUGGCUCAAAGCCACACUGAUUAUUCCAUGCUGAGUUAUCAAUGCAGUGUUGAGGGUAAUGAAGCUUGAAUAUAAUAACACUUCACAUCUUGGUGUUUAGGCUUUGAUUUACGGCAAUUCAUUGGUUAUUACUAAAUAAUAACUGUUCUGUUAAAUUAAGUGCAACCCAACACGGAAGAGUUCCAAUUGGGUGAGAUUAACAAUUGACAGCUAAGGAGGGUUGAUGUGCUUUAUUCCCCCUUCACUGAUCUAACAUAUCACUAUUUCCUGGGUUGUUUCCUGUCAGAUCUUGGAUUAUUCGUGGUGCAAUAGUAUAUCAUCAUAUGUACAUAUUGAUGUUUCCAUAGAAUAACAAUCAAAUUGUUAUUGAUUGACAUAUUGAUCCUAUAUAAUCAAUGGAUGUUGUUUAUAUUCUGUGCGUUUCCAGAGAUGUGUCGGUGGAGCUGCCCUUCGUCUUAAUGCACCCCAAACCCACGGAACUGCCCAUAUCCCGCCCACAGUCAGGUACCUACAGACUCACACCACCUCUCCAUAAGCCCACUAUCAGGGCUUUAUCUCAGUACCUUGGAUGAAUCUCAGUUCCUCUUCUUCCCUUAAUUUGCACUGAAUUGAACAAAUCCUCUCUGACAAGCUUCCGCCAUAUUCUUUCAACAUGUUACAUUCACGUAUCCAAACAUUCCGAUCAGUUCAAAUUAAGAGCGGAAGAUGAGGACUUUCGAGGCUUGCUUUUUUAGACUGAUUGGGAAGCAGUGAAUUGUGAUAGUGGGAACUCUACUAGGCCUGCAUAGUGUCUGAAAAGGGUUUGAGAAUGGACACAGUCUUGUGAACUAUCUGUCAGUAGUUUAGUUCAGCCUCAUGCCCUGAACAACAGUUCCUCACAUACACAAGCCCCUCAAAUACAUCAUCUCACUCUGGUAUUUCCUGCCUGUAAGUUACCAUGGAGUUGCCAUGGAGAUACAAAGCUGUUCCCAUGGCGACAUCGCGCUGACAUGUCAUUAUCUGUGUGUUCUAACAGCUGUGCCGGAUUCAGACCCUCCCAUCGACACCAACCUGAUAGAAUUUGAAACAAAGUGAGUAUUCAUCUGGUCUGUCUGGCCAUUGUAAGCACUGCUGGUUUGCUAUGAUCAAAGAGACCCUAAGACUAUUCCCUCAUAUCUAAAACACUCCAUGUUUCCUUGUUCCUUGUCGUCCUGCAGUAGUUUCUCCCAAGACGACGACUUUGUGUUUGAGGACUUCGCCCGCCUGCGGCUCAAAGGAAUGGCAGACGACAAGGAUGACGACUGCUAGAGCUCACAUACACACACACACUCUCGCACAAACUCUUACACACAUUCAUACAUACAGACACACACAGGCACACAGGCGGUGGGAUGAAGGCAUGUGGACGGAGAGAUGUGGUGGCCUCGUGGUCUGCUGAAGAGAUCCUGACAUCACUCGCGGUGUUCUUUUGUCUUGCUUAAGCCACUUCUUGUCUUCUUGUUCAUGUUCUCUGUUUGCAUUCUCUCUGUCUAAUGGUAAUGUUCAGCUGUGUUUGCCAGAAUAUGUUGGCAAACACAACUGAAAAACCCAGCACCGUCUAAAUGAUGAUGUAAUGUUGUGCCGUGGCGAUGCUGGCGAAUCCAUGGGUGUCAUUUGGCCAGCAGUUUCACAGUUUUCAAGAGGGAGCACAAGAAGUGCUAUAGUGAAUAAAAAGUAAAUGUUUGAAAUGUCAUGAAGAGGGAUGAUGAGUCAUGGCUGUUCACACCGAGGGAGGGAGAAAUAGUGCCAUUAAAAGAAAGGGGGCUUUAUAUCAUUUUUUUCACCCAUUAUGAUUUCAAUAAGUAUUUGUACAAAUAUUGAUCACCUUGAUCAAGUAUUGAUAUAAAACAAGGUUUAUAGUACCUGCUGAAGAGGGGAGAGAAGAAAAAUCAGACUGACACCUUUCAUCAUCUACCCCAUCGUUUUAGUCCUCUGAAUUUCUACUGUGUCAUCCGUUCUGUAAAAACCGUGUUUUAGGGGAAGAAUACGGAAGACGUUUGUGAUUCACCCUCUUCUGCAAUACGAGGACAGACUAUACACUACCACUUACAUUAAAUGUGCACACACUGGACCUUCACUGUAUAGCCUAUGGCAGGGGUAUUCAACUCUUACCC